GAUGUAGUCUUUUUCUUUAGAAGCAGCAACUGAUUGCACCAAAGUAUAAUUUAUAAAAUAAUGAUAUUAAUCAGCUUUUAUGGGAAUAUUUAAUUGUUUUCUGCAAUUAAAAUACUUUGAGUAUCAUCUCAUUUCUUUAUCUGGAAAGCUAACAAAUGACACAUGGCAUGUAUUUUUUAUGACUGUGCAUUUCAGAUAUUUAUCAAGGUAACUCUAAUAUUUCAGUUUUCUUUAACAACUAACUGGAAAAAUCAAUAUGUGAUAGGACGCCAUGGUGUGUAGCAAAGUAUAUAAGCAUGCGAUUUGUAUUGCCUGGUCUGUCUUUCUCACUUCAAACUGUCUGGCUUACAAGUGACUACUAAAUCCUCCUGUCAUUCCACUGUUAUCUGAUCUGCAGGAAUCCAAGACCUAAGCAGACAUGUCCAGCCCCAGUAAGGCAGACCUCAUUCAUGUAUUUAAGGGGAUUCCCUUUACCACCAGGUCAUCUCCAGAACUUUUAAAAUCCUUGGAUAAUUUUGAUGCUAGAGAAGAUGAUGUCCUUUUGGUUUCCUAUCCAAAAUCUGGCACUCAUUGGCUUGCAGGAGUUAUAACAAAGCUUUACAAUACUCAAGUUACACUAACAUCUCCCCUUGAAUUUGGAGAUAUUUCCAAACUGGAGGAACUGAAUAAAAUUUCAUCAAAGAGAAUCAUCCCAACACACUUAGACUACAACAUGUUACCCUCAAACUUCAUGAAUAAAAAAUGCAAGAUGAUCUACAUCAUCAGAAACCCAAAAGAUACUGCAGUUUCCAUGUAUCAUUACUACAGAGAUAAUCCAAACCUUCCCACUGUAGAUACCUGGACUGCUUUCUUUGACUUGUUCUUAAAAGGAGAUGUUGUCUGUGGAUCCUGGUUUGAUCAUCUCCUAAGCUGGGAAGAACAUAAAAAUGACAAAAACAUCCUGUUUUUGUUCUAUGAAGACAUGAAGAAGGAUCUCCCUAAGACUGUAAAGGACAUUAGUGUAUUUCUGGAUUUAAACAUUGGUGAUCAUGAAAUCCAAGACAUUUGCAAGAAGUCAUCAUUCUCAGAGAUGAAAAGAAACACAGAAAAAGAAAAUAGCAAUCCCAAUCAUACUGUUUGUGCACUUACGUCCAACAGGAAGCUGAUUUUCCGAAAAGGUACGGUUGGUGACUGGAAGAACCAUUUCACUCCAAAACAGAAUGUGAGGUUUGAGGAAAUAUUUAAUGAGAAAAUGAAACUGAGCAAGAUGGCAAAAGGUCUCAUCUAUGAAUUCUGACUUCAUGUGAAGAACCGCACUCAGUUAUCAACAGAGAGACAGAUAGGGCAAUUGGUGGGAAAUUUUGCACAGGCGCUAAGAGACGGUAAAAGGGGGAAAAAACAUGCUUUUGGAACCGAUGCCACAAAGAUGGAAGCAGCACUGACUGAUGCAAUUGUUUAUUUACCUUUUUUAUGUACAAAUUUACUUUGGAUUAUCAACCAACCUUUCACACAGUCAAAAAAUAAAAAUGUGAAGAAGAGGAAUUGUAAACUGGAGGUUUGAGGGCAGGAAUAUUCUGACACAAUCCCAGAAAUGAACUCAGUUACCAGAGAACAGAUACACAUGGUUUGAAAAAAUGAGGUGUCAGACUCAUGUUUCUACCACCAAGAAACCCCUUCAUGUAUUUCUUUUUUUGCUCUAGAGCAUAUGACAGAGGAAAAAGAAUGGUCUUCCUAGAUCUGAUUUAGGAAUUUUACCUAAGAUGCUAGGGGAAAACAAAACAAAACCAAAAAACCCUGUAAGAUUCUGAGUAUUUAAGAAGUCUAAAAACACAUCAAAAGAAAGUGACCAAAAAUUUGACCCCCAGACUCAGUCCCUUCCUGAUCUGGUGUGAUUUGGAAAGUGUCUAUCUUAUCAGAUACUGUUAUUGAUACUGAAAUUGAAAACUGCAGCUGCACGUUUGAAGAUCUGCCGUUAAGUUUGGUUAUAAAACAGCUUUUCAUUUUUUCUUUUUUUUUUUUUUUU